CAAAAAAUGAUGCAUAAAAUUCUGCUGAUAUUUUUUUUUAUAAAUUCUAGUUUUGCGUGUCUUAUUACUAACUGCCCACGAGGAGGAAAACGCGGAGAAUCUCCAUUACUAUCAAUGCCAAGUUUGAUAAAAGAGUGUUCAAGCUGUGGACCUGGUGAUCAAGGACAAUGUUUUGGACCUCAUAUUUGCUGUGGAGCGACUAUUGGCUGCUACAUCAGAAGCCCAGAAACUUAUAAAUGUCGUAAAGAAAGUCUUCACUCGCACCCUUGUGUCUCUGGUUUUGCUAUGUGUCGGGAUAAUACUGCUAGAUGUGCCGCCAAUGGUAUUUGCUGCUCUCAAGAAAGUUGUUUUCUGGAUUCAUCAUGCAAAAUUGGAGAUGAAUACUUGAGCGACCGCAAAAUUGAUCAAGAAUUUCCAAGACUAAUUGGUGAAAAUGACCAAAUGAUUAAUUAAACAAUUUUAAUUGCCAAGUUACUAAAAAAAUAAUUCAUAAAAAUAUUUACUUACUUGGAAUAUAGUGUAAAAUGAUAACGCCUCAUAAAUAAACUAAAAUGCUGCUAUAAUUAUA